ACAACUGACAAUGACGUUUCAACAUUUUGUUGUCUUUUCAUGUGUCAUGUCGUGAGUUGCAAAUUUAAUUAUUUUAUAGAAAAAUCGGUUUACCACCUAAGUGAGUGUUAAACAAAGUAAUUUUAGUUGAGUAUCUUAUUUUGCUUAAAAGUCUCUUUAUCUUUAUUAACUACGUCUAGUAACUGAGCUAGAAAUGGAUAGACUUCUUCGUCUCGGCGGCGGAAUGCCAGGUUUGAGUCAAGCACCGCCACCUUCCGAUGCCCCCGUUGUAGACACAGCGGAGCAAGUAUAUAUUUCAUCUUUAGCUUUACUUAAAAUGUUGAAACAUGGUCGUGCUGGGGUACCAAUGGAAGUAAUGGGACUUAUGUUAGGUGAAUUUGUGGAUGACUACACAGUCCGUGUAAUAGAUGUUUUUGCAAUGCCUCAGACUGGUACUGGGGUCAGUGUAGAAGCAGUUGAUCCAGUAUUUCAAGCUAAAAUGUUGGAUAUGUUGAGGCAAACUGGUAGGCCAGAAAUGGUAGUGGGAUGGUAUCACUCUCAUCCAGGUUUUGGAUGCUGGUUGUCAGGAGUUGAUAUUAACACACAACAGAGUUUUGAAGCACUUUCUGAGAGGGCUGUUGCAGUGGUAGUAGACCCAAUACAAUCAGUUAAAGGAAAAGUCGUCAUUGAUGCAUUUAGGUUGAUCAAUCCCAACAUGAUGGUUUUGGGACAAGAACCUCGCCAAACAACAUCUAAUUUAGGACACCUGCAGAAACCUUCAGUGCAAGCACUGAUCCAUGGUUUAAAUCGCCAUUAUUAUUCUAUAAGUAUUAAUUACAGGAAAAACGAACUUGAGCAAAAAAUGCUGCUUAAUCUACAUAAAAAGUCCUGGAUGGACGGUCUAACUUUAGCUGACUAUUCAGAGAACUGCAGUGUUAAUGAAAAAACUGUUGCUGACAUGUUGGAAUUAGCUAAGAACUACAAUAAGGCAUUAGAAGAUGAAGAAAAAAUGACACCAGAGCAACUUGCAAUAAAGAAUGUGGGUAAACAAGAUCCAAAAAGGCAUUUAGAAGAAAAAGUUGACAUAUUAAUGACUAACAAUAUUGUACAAUGUUUGGGAGCUAUGUUAGAUACGGUUGUCUUUAAAUGAAUGAAAGUGUACUGAUCUUUUUUAUAAAAAAAUACAAAUAAAAUUAAUUUAUAAAAUAUUUGUCAUUAAAACUUUUUUUUGUAAUAUAAUUUGUCAUUUUUGAUACAAACACUUUUAUUUUAGCUGGACUGAUUAUUAUUUAA